UCAUGUGUGCUUACUUCAAAGAAGCCUCACCUUGGACCAUUGAUGUGCCGUCUUCAGUUAAUGGUCUCCUUGGCUCAUGUGUGGUGAUCCCCUGCUCUUAUAACUACCCAGAUCCCCAAGGGAAGGCCAAAAGCUUCACAGGGAUUUGGAUGACCACUGAGGGGGAUCGAGUCAUCUAUCAUUCAGCUGAGUCGAAAAUUGUCAAGCAGUAUCAGAGUCGAACAAAACUUCUUGGAGACGCCAGCAAGAACUGCUCUCUGAUGAUUGAAAAUCUCCAACAAAAUGACAGAGGGCCUUUUUAUUUCAGGAUUGAAAUUGAAGGUUACAACAGAGCUUCUUACAGGAAUAACAAAGUCUCCAUUUCAGUGAUGGAUGAACCAAAUCCCACUGAUUUCUUUGUGCAAGAGGAGGUAAAGGAGGGUGAAAAUGUGUCUGCAUCCUGCUCUGUGUUUCACUCCUGCCCCACAUAUCCACCUGAUUUCCACUGGAGUCACUCUGGAGAGCAUCACCUUCAAACACAGAAGCGUCAAAAUGGCCAGUGGAAAGCAACAUCUACUUUGACCUUUCACUCAAACCGCACUGAUCACAACCGACCUUUACAAUGCAGAGUUACAUACCACGGAGGAAAGCAUCAAGAAACAUCCAAGACCCUUAAAGUAAAAUAUGCUCCAGUGAAUGUGAAGGUUGAGUACCAGUCAGAUGUGAAUGAGGGAGAAACUGUACACCUGAAGUGCUCCAGUGACGCAAACCCUGUCAGCAGCUAUGAGUGGCACAGUGAAACUGGAGCUCUGCUGAAUAAGGGACAAACCUACACAAUGUUAAAUGUCUCCAGACACUCAGUAGAGGCCGUGUACUGCACUGCUGUCAAUGAAGAAGGACGAGUCAGGUCAAGCACCGUGAAGCUCAAUGUGUUAUAUGCCCCUGACAUUAGGACUUCCUCAAAGUGCUCCUCAGAUUGGGGUGUGUUAAAAUGUGAGUGCAUCGUAGAGUCCAGGCCUCCCAGCAUGGUCCAUUUUGUUCUUGGUGACAGGCUGCAAAACAGCAGUGUAGAGACAAAUGGCUCUGUUACUACUGGGACUCUGCAGACAGACUUUGGGUCCUUUAAGUUUGUUCACUGCCUGGCAAACAACACGCUGGGAAAUGCAAACCUCACACUCUCGUUACUUGUAAAUGCCACCGGAGUUGGAGUUGUUAACAAAAGGAAAGAGAACUAUGAGGAUGUCCACAGCAAUGACAUUUGCAGCAACGAUCAUGUAUAUGGCAACGUCCGGACUAAGCGGCGUGUCCCAUUAAAGACCAAUGUCUAACAUCUGUGGAAAACCAGCUGCAGUCUGCAUGUUUAUAAGCUCUGAUGGGAGUCAGAACAAAAAUACUUUCAGCGGCUCCCUUCUCACAAGGAAAAGAGGCUAAAAUAAUGAGUACAUUUCAUUUUUUAUUGUAAAUCACAUGCAUAUUCCAUUACAUGUUUUCUGUCAUCUCAAUUCACAUUUUAGUUUAAAAUAUAGUAACUAUAUAGGACAUUUCAAAUUUUGCCUUUGUUUGUCCUGUGAAAAACCAAAGUAAAAACAA